CGACGGCUCUCUGCGAUGAAAAACCGCGAAGAGAGGAAAGCAGAUGACAGUGACACGACGGCCUUGCGAGCAGAGUGGUCGGCUAACGCGCGCGCGGCAUACACGUGUGCGUGUACACCAACAGCGCGCUGCCUUCAGUGUUGCGAGAAUCGCUGGGUGACGCUCGCGACUCACUUCCGCAGCAGUGCAGCCGAGCUCAUGCGCGUACUGAAAAGACGUCGCCGUCGACGGCGGUAUAAUCGAGGCACGAUGCUAAGGAACGUGAGAGCCGCCGUGCGAAAGAGCGCAAGCAAUGUCGAAGAAGCACGCAAGCAGAAAGAAGCAGAAAGAAGCAGCCGUCUCAAUCGUACUCUGUUCGAAGAUUGCCGAAGCGCCAGGUGCGCUAUUCAUCAGAAGCGGUGCUUGCGCCUGGAGAUCCCCAACGUCAACCAAGCCUACAUAAAGAAUCCAGGCGUGGUGCCGCUGCAGGAGAUGACGAUCGGCCAACUGCUGGAAACCGCGGCCGAGAGAUAUCCGAACCGGCACAGCGUGAUCUCGGUACACCAGAACCAGCGGCUCACCUUCUCGCAGCUGCUGCAGCGCGCCGAUCGCAUUGCGGCGGGCUUCAAGAGGAUCGGUCUGAAGAAGGGCGAUCGGAUCGGCAUCUGGGGACCCAACGACUACCAAUGGCUACUCGCUUACAUGGCCUCGUCCCGCGCCGGCCUCGUGAUCGCCGGCCUCAAUCCCAUGUACCAGUUCGGCGAGCUGGACUACUGCCUGAACAAGAUCGGCGCGAGAGCAGUGGUCGCGCCGGAAUCCUACCGCAGCCAGAACUACGCGGACAUGCUGCUCGCGGCCAAGAAGACGUCGCCUCGGCUCGACCAUGUCGUCAUCUACGGGGGCGCGCACGUGGCAGGCACUCGACGUCUCGACGAUAUCGAGAACUUACCCAGUCGAAUCGAAGUGGAAGCUGUGAGAGAGGAACAGGCUGACAUUUCACCGUGGAGCGGUACGAACAUUCAGUUCACUUCCGGUACCACGGGAGUCUCGAAAGCCACGCUCUUAGCGCACAGAUCUCUCGUUAACAAUUCUGCGCAGGGAAUGCGAAGAUUGCAGCUGGACGGCGACAAGAUCUGCAUGAACGUGCCGUUCUUUCACGCCUUCGGCAUGGUGAUGGCGGUGAGCGGCCAUCUGCACACCGGCACGACCAUCGUCCUCGAGAGCCCCACUUUCAAUCCCGCCAAGUCAGUCGAGGCGGUGAUGCGCGAGAAGUGCAGCGUCGUCUUCGGCACGCCGACCAUGUGGACCAACAUGAUUGACGUGCAAACUCGCGCGGGGGCGAGGAUCGAUUCCGUGCGCACCGGGGUGACCGGCGGAGCACCAGCCUCGCCCGAGCUCUUCAAGAGGAUUCGCGAGCACUUUGCAUUCGACAGGCUGACGACGGCGUUCGGCCUGACGGAGACCACGGCACUGGUCAACCAAACCCUGCCCGGCGAGCCCACGGAACUGACGGACACGACCGUCGGCUUCAUCUCCGACCACGUGGAAAUCAAACUUGCAGGUGACGGACGACGAGGGCGGCACCGUCCCGUUCGGCCGGGCCGGCGAGCUGCGGGUGCGGGGCUACAACGUGAUGCUCGGCUACUGGGCCGACGAGGAGGCCACCGCGCGGACGAUCACGGCGGACGGCUGGCUGCGGAGCGGCGAUCGAUACGUGCUGCGCGAGGACGGCUACGGCCAGAUAGUCGGCCGGAUCAAGGACAUGCUGAUACGCGGCGGAGAGAACAUCUUCCCCAAGGAGAUCGAGUGCUUCCUCGAGAGCCACCCGGCGGUCCUCGAGGUGCACGCGUUCGGCGUCCACGACGACGUCUACGGCGAGGAAAUUUGCGCGUGCGUUCGGCUGCGCGACGGCGCCCGGCUCACGGCCGACGAGCUGCGCCGCUACUGCGCCGGCAAGAUCGCCAAGUUCAAGAUCCCGCGCUACAUCCUCUUCAGCGAGCGGUUCCCCAAGACGGCCAGCGGUAAGAUACAGAAGUUCAGGCUGAGGGAGGCGCUCGAGGCCGAGGGAGUGGUGCCGACCAAGAGGGCCCAGUGAGCCUGUCUGUCGCCUCGAGCUGCGAUACUUUUCGCGCGCCAGGUCUUCUUACUGCGGAGAUUCCAAUCGGAUGUUUUUGAGGAAUAUAUUAAAGCUGUUGAUAAUGGAUCCAAGUCGACCGAUUUUACAUAUAAUAAAAUACACAAUAACUCUACCUAUAAUAAAAUACCUAUAAUAAAACUACCUAUAAUCA